AUGAAUGGUUCAAUUGAUUUAACAUUAAAAGAUGAGCCAACUCAAGUUUAUGAAGAAUAUGAAAGAUAUCCAACAACCGAUUCUGAAACCUUAUCAUCCAUUUUGCCAUUACCAAAUAAUUCAUUGACCACUACCAGCCAAAAAAAUCAUUAUAAGAGAGUCUGUUCCUCAAAAAUUGGUAGAAGAUUUAUCUCAUCUUUUAUACUUACCGACAUUCCAACAAUUUUUUCAGCUAGGGCACUCAGACCUAGAGUACUUCCUAAAAAACCUUCAACAGAUUGGCGUGAGGAAAUUCGUAAAGGUAUAGUAACCGAUAAAACUGGUAAAAACUCCUUCGAAUAA